UGCUAUAAUUUAAUCAUGAAUCGUAAGAAUGUAGAACGUGAUAGCAGUGUUUCCAUCCAACACUAUGAAAAUGUUGUGAUUUGUGCCAUUCAAUACCGUCGCCAUAGGCUCAUUAUACGCAGACGCAUGCGAAAUUCCUUCUGGUCCUCGCGUGCCUGCUUGGCUUGGCCCUCGGUGGCUGGGAGAGGGAGCUGCAGUGCGACUACAACAUCACGAGCCUCUGCCCGUUCCCCGACAGCGGAAGCCCCGUGUACUUCGCGGACCCGGACGACUGCAGCGCCUACUGUGAGUGUUCUGCAGGCAUCGCCUGGAAAUUCUUCUGCGGCCCAGAGACGCUCUAUGACGAGAACCUUCACCUGUGCAACUGGGAGGAUAUGGUCGACUGCGGCGAGCGCCCCAUCAUCUAGCUGGCGAGGCUCACAUGCUAGCGUUGGCACUGGGCUGGCUUUGCCUUUGUGGACGGCUGACAUUAAAGUGAUUCAUGUGUUCCGUUGAAUUUUCCUAUAUCAACAUUUUACGCAGACGAACAACUUCAUUCAUCCGCAUAACAUUUGACCUCGACACACCGAAAAGUACCCAAGUACAGAUAUAUGGCCGCAUCAGUUUUCUUGUGGGUAUAUCAAAGAUAAUGUGAAAUACAUAUUCAUCCGGUCGAAUCAUUUUCAAGCUCAAUGGCUUCUCCUUUAUCACAGUGAAAAUGUAAUCACAAAUAAUUACCGGAGGGAAUUAUGGGCACUGAAAGAACGCGUGAAAGGCAAACUGCAGACGACCGAGAUGUUAACAACACAAAUACGAUUCGACCACCAAAGGAACAUUGAGAGAGAAAUCACGUUCUGGAUUCUUGACAAGAAAGGAAGCAAACACGAUGGCCGAAAAUUUCAGAAAAAUAAUCUAGUAUAGGCGGAAAAAAGACCUCUUAAAAUGUCACAAAACAGAGGGCAAGACAGGAGUGUUGGGGAGGAACACUGCUAAUAAAAGAGAAGUCUGCGAAGAUUCAUGAAUAUACGCCACAAACACAAACACACAUAUAUAUGG